AGAUAAGCACUUGUUCCUCGGAAAGGAAAAGGGCAAGAAAGUCUCCAAAAGAGGACAGAGAGAUGUCGCUACGGCUACCAAUUUGGCCAAUUUGCUUCAAAUGGAUUGAAUUCCAUUCCACUGCCCACCAACCAUGCCACUUGCUCUUUGGAGAUAAUGCCUACGGCCUACGAACGUCCUUCCUCCUACCUUCUUCAGUCAAAAUGAACCCAAUAAUAGUUAAACUGCAACGGAGAUUGUACCGAAAAGUCCGAUAAUAUAUUUUGUGAUGAAAUCGUGAUUCAAAAUUAGCCUCCCAUAUCAAUAAACCAAAAAGGUUAGUUUAAAUCACCAAUCAACCACCAUAAGCCCAUAAUCGGCCUACCCGUCAUCCCUAAACCUGUAACCCAAUUAAACUUCUACAGUUUGGGCCCGUUCGUCGAAGCCCAAUUCCGGUUCCUUCUGGCUAUUCAUUAUAGGCCCAAGCUGACCAUACAAGCCCAACAACACCAAUGCCUUCCCCGCCGUUCUUUUUUUUUUUUUGCCGCCUUAUCUUCUCCCCAAACUCCCACAAUCCGCCGGAAGGGGAAAUCGAAUUUUCCAACGCGUUCAAAAUUUCCCUUCAUUUUCGCAACAAUGGAGGCGACCUGGGUCACCAAAUUCCCGUUAUCCUCCGCCGCACUGACCAAUUACCCGCCGCCGAUCACCGCUGCACUUCCCAUUUCCAGACGAACCCUAUUCAGAUCAAGCGAAUCCCGCCAUUGGGUUUCUUACGGAAUCCACAGCGUUACCCACUACCCAUUACCUAAAUUGACUCGAAGGUUGUUUCUUCCUUCCGUUUCCGGCAUAUGGGAUGCGAUAACCGGCGGAGAUAAAGCCAGGGAAGCUGUUCUGGCCGUCCGUCGGGGAAUGCUGCUCUUCCGACAAGGAGAUGUGGUUGGUUCCUUACCGGAAUUCGAUAAGGCGAUUGAGUUGGAUCCUCGUCAGAAGGCAUAUAUGUGGCAAAGGGGAUUAUCUCUUUACUAUCUGGACAGGUUCGAAGAAGGCGCAGAGCAAUUCCGGCUUGAUGUUGCGAUGAACCCAAAUGACACAGAGGAAUCUAUCUGGUGCUUUCUUUGUGAAGCUCAGUUGUUUGGUGUUGAUGAGGCAAGGAAGCGAUUUCUCGAGGUUGGUAGAGAUCCGCGGCCAGUCAUGAGAGAAGCUUACAAUAUGUUUAGAGAUGGUGGUGAUCCGGAGAAGUUUGCAGCUGCAUUUUCCAAUGGCCGCGAGAAUGAGUACUUCUACGCCUCUCUAUACACUGGACUUUACCAUGAAUGCCAGAAAGAAGCAGAUUCAGCUAAGUACCAUCUGGUUGCAGCUUGCAAGUCUGUAUAUGGGAAAAAAUCUGAUGACUAUAUGGCUUCUCUUGCUAAAGUUCACUGUCAAUGUAGAAAUUGGAGCAUUGACUAAAAGAGUGAAGAACAAAGAAGGUAAAUGGUUCCUUCAGAAUGUCAAAAUAGAUGCGGACUAGAAAUGUUCAGUAAUCAGGAUUAUUACAAUGCUAUGAUUUGCUGAUGUGAGUUUAGUUAGGUACAGAAUGGUUCAACCAAAUGAUAUUGCAGUUGCAAAAUAAAGUUUCUUUAUGGUUCGUUGUUGUUUCCUCACAUGGGUUAGGCAUGAUUAACAUGAUGGAAAAUAUCAAAAUGAUGCUAGAAUCGAGUCAAAGAUGAGGAGAAAUGUGAAGCAUAACCGGAUUGAACCUUUCUACGAUCAAACCAGUCCGAUUCGGUCUAAUACACUGAACCAUUAGUCGACCUAUAUGAAAUGUAUUUCGGUUUAGAGUUUCUAUCGGUAUAACUAAGAUUACAUUGUAUUUAUUAUGGUUGUUUUGCAGUUAAUUAUUAUAGCACAUCUCCAUUGAUCUACAUUUAAGCUAGCAUAUUUGUUGUUCCUUUUUGGUAUACAAUACAUCAUUUUCAUCGAAAGGAAACCCUUUACCUGACCUGAAAUGAACAACCAAUUGAAUUUGAUAGGUCAAUCAUUGGUUGCUUGGUUGCGUCAUGGUUGUUGAGCUUUCUUUCUUGGUUGAGCAGAAAGCGCUCAUGCUUGGAUACAAGUUCUCUGCCUCUCCAGUCUCCACCAUGAUGUAAUUCCCGAGCUGUCCAACUGGAGUCAAGGGAAAAUUGGAUAGUCGGAUCAGGUGAUUCAGCCCAAACGAACAGGUUUACGAAAUACUGUUGAGAGAGAGAGAGAGAAAGGCAAUUCAAUGUCACUUGUAAAUAACAUUAUUUGUAAUGUUUUCUCAUCUGGAUUUGUAACGUCUCUGUGUUUAAUAAACACUAUUGUACCUGUGGGUCAGACCGGAAUACUAGAUACUGGAUCCAAAUUGGUAGGUGGUUUUACCGGUGCAAAGAUGGUUCUUGCACAAGGUCAGUAAAACCUAUAUCAUUUUAACCGAACAAGAAGAUGGUUUGUUAAAUUUGAGGGUCGAGUGUUGUUCCGUGUGGCCGGCCUAUUCUCUAGAAUGACCGACCUCUUAUUGAUAUAGUCAACCACUUUGUUGGAAAGGUCGAUCGUUCUGUUUAUGAGUCCCUUAAGCUUGAUCAACCAGUUCAGGUUAAAUGUCAACUACAAUCUUCCAUUAGAAUGAUCACAUUGGUGUAAUCGGUUGACCGCAACCACUUAUCAAUCAACCGUUUUGUUCGACUCAUUGUGACUUACAAAUCAUCAUAGACAUAAAUUUUUAGUUUAAUG